ACUUGUACCAUAGCACACUCUCUAGUUAACCCAUUCUCAAGAUUACUACUAAAAACUUGUUUAUAAAUUUGAAGCAUCAUAAGCACAAAAAAUCACAAACAAAAAAUGAUGUCUCUAAGCUCAUAUUUGACAAUUGCACUAAUAGCAAUUUUAUUUUCAUUUGCAUCUUCAAGAAUUGAAACUAGUACAAGUGAAGAUAAUUUUCUUCAAUGUCUCUAUAGUUAUUCACAUAACUCCACUUCAUUCUCUAAACUUGUAUACACAAAAACCAAUUCCAAUUACUCAUCAAUACUCCAAUUUUCAAUUCAUAAUCUCAGAUUUGCAACCAACAAAGCAUCAAAACCCCUUGUAAUCAUCACACCUAAAGAAAUUUCCCAUAUUCAAGCAACCAUAAUCUGUUCCCAAAACCAUGGCCUGCAGAUUCGAGUCCGAAGCGGUGGACAUGACUAUGAGGGUUUGUCCUAUGUUUCUGAGGUUCCAUUUGUUGUCAUUGAUCUCAUAGACUUCAAAGCAAUUGAAAUAAAUGUAGAAAGUAGAACUGCUUGGGUUCAAACUGGUGCAUCAAUUGGUGAACUGUACUAUGCAAUUAGUCGAAAGAGCCGAAAUCUUGCUUUUACGGCUGGUAUUUGUCCUACAGUAGGUGUUGGUGGACUCUUCAGUGGUGGUGGUCAUGGACUCAUGUUGCGGAAAUAUGGUCUUGCAGCCGAUAACAUCAUCGAUGCUUACAUAAUUGAUGUGAAGGGUAGGUUUCUUGACAGACAAGCAAUGGGUGAGGAUUUGUUUUGGGCUAUUAGAGGUGGUGGAGGAGCAAGUUUUGGAGUCAUAGUUUCAUGGAAGAUAAAACUUGUUCAAGUUCCAUCAAUUGUGACAGUGUUUACUGUUCCAAGAACAUUGGAACAAAAUGCAACAAAACUUAUUCAUAAGUGGCAAUAUGUUGCAAGUAAACUUGAUGAAAGUAUAACAAUUCAUAUUAUCAUAAAAAGGGUAAAUUCAACUUCAAGUAAAAAAGGUGAGUCGAAUUCAACGGUACAAGCUUUAUUUCAAGCCUUGUUUCUUGGAGGUGUAGAUAAACUCAUACCCUUGGUGCAAGAGAAGUUUCCUGAGCUUGGUUUGGUUAGAGAUGAUUGUUCUGAGUUGAGUUGGAUUGAAUCGGUUCUUUACAUUUUCGGAUUGAAUGGUGUAAAACAUGAAGUGUUGUUGAAUAGAGUAAUAGGUGAAAAGGAUAUUUUCAAAGCAAAAUCAGAUUAUGUGAAAACUCCCAUUUCUGAAAUUGGUUUAGAAGGAAUAUGGCCUAUGUUUUAUGAAGAUGGUGCCAAAGAUUCAAUGAUGGUACUUUUGCCUUAUGGUGGCAAAAUGGAUAAUAUUUCAAAAUCUGAAACUCCAUUUCCACAUAGAUAUGGAAACUUAUACAUAAUUCAAUAUGAAGUUCAUUGGUAUCAAGAAGGUGAUGAAGCUGAAAAGUUGCACAUAAAUUGGAUGAGAAAACUUUAUAGUUAUAUGGAACCUUUUGUUUCAAAGUCACCAAGAAGUGCUUAUUUGAAUUAUAGAGAUCUUGAUAUUGGGGUCAAUAAUAAGAUAGGUUACACAAGUUAUAAGCAAGCUAGUAUUUGGGGUGUUAAGUACUUCGAAAACAACUUUAAAAGAUUGGCAAAAGUGAAGACCAAAGUUGAUCCUUUAAAUUUUUUCAGAAAUGAACAAAGUAUACCUUCUCUUGUGUCCGAGGGACACAAAUAGAAUUUCUUAGAACAACUAAGGUGGUACUAAUAAUAAAAUAUAAGUUGCUUUGUUAUUUCUCUUUUAUAUGUGUGCUUCCUUUAAUUGAUAAAAGUUUAAGAGAGUUUUGUUUAGGGGCUCACUAUGAAAAGUCCCAAGAUUGAAAUAGUGAUUUUAAGGAUACACUUACAUGUUAUACACAAUAAAGAUUUUCAGUGAAAUUUAUGUCUUAUUCUAAUGAGUUUAAUCUUUAUCAAUUAGACCAAGCUUAGUUGUGUUUUUGU